UUGCAUGGACAAUGGGAAUUUCUCCCUCAACAGUAUCUAAAAUCGUGAAAAAGUUUAAAGAAAUAGGCAAAAUUGAUGAUUUGCCAAGGUCGGGUCGUCCUAAAAUUUUUUCUUCUGAUGAAGAAAAAUUAAUAUAUGAAAUGAUUAUCCUUGGACAAUGUGAAACAGCAGUUGAUGUGUAUGCAAAGUUUUGUUGCAAAACAAAUAAAGAGAUGUUAGUCGAAACAAUACGAAACAUUCUUCGAAGAAAUGGAUAUGUUUCUAGAGUUAAAAAAAGACGUUCUGCUCUUACUGAUCAACAUAAAAUAGAAUGUGGUCAUAUUGAAUUAGUUGAAAGAACUUUAAAUUUGGCAGAAUAUAUUAAUAUUCUCAAAGAUUGUCUAUUAAAUGUGCUGGAAUCAUGUGAACAUGAUGAGGACGAAAUGAUUUUUCAGUAUGAUAAUGCUAAAAUACACACAUUAAUUGCAACAAAAGCAUGGCUUAAGGAUAAUAAUAUAACUGUUCUAGAAUGA